GAAAGGAUUUGGUUGGAGUGCGUGUGUUGCACGCUCCAGUAACCAGAAAACAUAAGAGAAAGCGCUUCAACUGUUUUAAGUCGCUUAUGCAGUUUGUAUGGUCUCAAAGAGCCCAAUGGCUGCUACCAAGAUAGGACUCGGACUUGGUCCCGUCCCGACUCACCGUGUCACCUCCGUCGCCGCUCCUUCAUCCGCCGCAUUCUCCCCGCCGCCACAGCACCGCCUCUUUCUCCUCAACUCGCGGCGGGCCCUCAGACCCCGCCCUUCCCCCCAACCCCUUCGAGUAGCCGCCGCCGCCGCCGCCUCCUCCUCCUCCUCCUCCGUCGCUGCGCCAGGAAAAGGAGUUGAGAAUGUGGUAAUUAUAGGUUCCGGCCCCGCAGGAUACACAGCAGCAAUAUAUGCAGCACGUGCCAAUUUGAAACCUGUGGUGUUUGAGGGGUACCAAGUUGGUGGUGUCCCUGGGGGACAAUUAAUGACUACAACUGAAGUGGAGAACUUUCCAGGAUUUCCUGAUGGCAUCAGUGGACCUGAUCUGAUGGACAGGAUGCGACGGCAAGCUGAACGUUGGGGUGCAGAAUUGCAUCAGGAAGAUGUUGAAGCUAUUGAUGUGAAAAGUAGCCCUUUCACUGUCCAAAGUAGUGAACGUAAGGUUAAGAGCCAUACUGUCAUUUUUGCUACUGGAGCUACUGCAAAACGACUCAGGCUACCUCGAGAAGAUGAAUUUUGGAGCCGAGGAAUUAGUGCUUGCGCAAUUUGUGAUGGAGCAUCUCCUCUCUUCAAAGGUCAAGUUCUCGCUGUCAUUGGAGGGGGGGAUACUGCUACAGAAGAAGCAUUAUACUUGACAAAAUAUGCUCGCCAUGUCCAUUUACUUGUACGUCGGGACCAACUGAGGGCUUCCAAAGCUAUGCAAGAUAGGUGUGUCUGAUUAAAAUUUGUCGUUUCUUGCUUGUGAAUAUAGUCUGAGUGUAUCAUGAACAAUCUAUAAAUUGAACUUGGUAAUUACCUACUUAUAUACACUUCAUUUUGUAUAACUUCAGCUCUCUCUCUC